AUGUUUGACUGCGUCAUGUUCCCUGUUUUUCACUGGGUGCGUUCCAUCGAGUUUUCCGUCGUGGUGCCAAAAGCAAUAUACCUGCCGCGGAUGAAGCAGACGUUCCCGAUCCUGCGCGAAUUCGCAAUUGCUGUGGGCUCUCGGAAGGUCGUGGCACGGCACUGGUUGUGGCUCAGCGCCUUGAACGGCACCUUCGACGAGGUGCUUGCACGCGCGAGGACGCACGGCAUCACCCACGUGCUCGACGUGCCAAUGCGAGACACAACCUACAACUUUGAUCGUGCCUUCCGCAAGCAGUUUCGAGAGGCAACCUAUCGCAAUCUGCCUGUACAAAGUUCAAAUCGAUUUGUGACGUUUGUGCGACGCGGUUCGACGGACUGCGUGUGCUCGGACCGUUUCCGCGUAGCCCGAAGAGAGCUCAAUCAACGGUGCGAUUGCACGACAUCCCGUCGGCUCACAAACGAGGAAGCGGUCAUGAACGCGACGAAGAGCGCGUUCGCUCGCGCCUUUCCGCGACUGACGUUUGUGCCUGUUAUCUUCCCCUCGAUGCUCUUUCUCGAUCAGCUCAAGUUGCUGCAGCACACGCAGAUUCUGGUCUCCGCCUAUGGCGCGUCGUUGGCCAACUGCCUGUACCUACAAGACGACGCGACGGUGAUCGAGUUGCAUGCAACCUAUCGAAAUGAACGCGGCGCCGCCGAUUUUUAUCGGUACAAGCAGCUCUGCGGCGCAAAGACCGGCGUCCGUUGGCUCGGCUAUGCCGAAUAUGAGCCGCCGUCCUUCCCGAUUUUUGGCACGGUCGACAUGCGUGGGUACGCCCGUUUCCUCGAACAUGUCGCGUCGGGCAACGACACGCGCAUCUACGCAACGACGUCGGAGAGGGGCACGUCGGUGUCCCCCGCCUUUGGCCGCGGGUACGGCGUGACCAGCCGGACGGCCUUGAUUGGCGGUGCGAGCGUCGGCGCCAUAACUUCGGAGGCCUAG